AUGUCCUGGUUUCCCCGGCUCCUCACACGUUGGCCCACCUCAGCUCUGUCACUGCUGCUCCUCAGUGCAGUGGGCAGACAGAUGGGUGGUCUGGAGGGGGCUCAGGCGACGGCGUGCACCAGGUGGGGUGCGCUGAACAACAAGAUCCUGUCUCAGGAUGGAGACGUGAUCCUUGGUGGACUUUUUAAUCUGUAUUACAUACCUUCAGCUGUACAGCAGGACUUCAUCAAGCAGCCGCAUUACGACCCAUGCACUGGUUUAGAUGUGGAGCCAUUGAAAUACAUGUAUGCUUUGGAGUUUGCGGUGGAUGAAAUCAAUGGGAACAGCUCCCUGCUGCCAGGAGUCAAGCUGGGCUACAGUUUAGUGGACAGCUGCAGCCGAUACCCGUGGGCUCUGCAAGAUGCACUGUCACUGGUCGGAGGAAACACACGUAGCUGCAACUCAACAGCAUCUACGCCACACUCUGCAUCGCGUGGGCAGCCUGUUCCUCUGCUGAUUGGGGCUUCCUCGUCCACAACAGGCAUAAUACUGUCCAGAGUCCUGGGGCCUCUCUCUAUACCAAUUAUCAGUUACCUGGCCACCUGCCCCUGUCUGAGCGACCGGCUCAAGUUUCCUAACUUCUUCAGAACGAUCCCCAGUGACAUCUACCAGGCCAGGGCCAUCGCACGACUGGCCAUACGCUUCCACUGGACGUGGGUUGGGGCUGUACAUGCAAACACCGACUAUGGUCGAUUGGCAAUGCAGGUAUUUCAGGAGGAGAUUCAGGGGAAGGGGGUGUGUCUGGAGUUCAUAGAGACCGUCCACAGAGAGACUAUUGUGAGAGAUGCCAGACGUGCAGCGCUCACAAUUCAAGCUUCCUCUGCGAAGGUGAUUCUCAUCUUCUGCUGGUACACUGACGUGAAGAGGCUGUUUCUGGAGCUAAAUGAAAGAAAUGUGACUGACCGACAGUUUCUGGCCAGUGAGGCCUGGAGCACCAGUGAUGAUCUCCUCCAGGACCCGGCCGUCUCAAAGGUGGCCAGUGGCGUUCUUGGCGUGGCUAUUCGAAGUUCAACGAUACCUGGGUUUGAAAAAUAUCUCAGGAAUUUGCACCCAGUUCAUCGUCCGCAUGAUGGAUUCUUAAGAGACUUCUGGGAAAAGGAGUUUGGAUGCAGUGCAGGGGAAGCAGCAUGGUUUUCAUAUUCCUCUUCAUCUCACACUUCUCUGCCCCCCUGCAGUGGCACAGAGUCUCUGGAGGGACUGCAGCAUCCCUUCACUGACACCUCUCAGCUGAGAGGGGCUUAUAAUGUCUACCUGGCUGUGUAUGCUGCAGCCCACGCCCUCCACAGCCUCCUCUCCUGCUCCAUCUCUACAUGCUCCUCUCCAGAUCACAUCAAACCGAUAAAGCUGCUGCAGCACUUGAACAAAGUGAACUUCACUACGCCACAAGGUGAAAUGUUUUAUUUCGAAGGAGCCGACACUCCGGCAAAGUAUGAUCUGGUCAACUGGCAGAAAACUCCAGAGGGGCCACUGAAGCUUGUUCUGAUUGGUCAUGUGGACGGGUUUGAUCUCCACCUUAACGAAUCAGCCAUUCAGUGGAGCACAGGAUCCAAUCAGGUGCCUGUGUCAGUGUGUAGUGAGAGCUGUCCUCCAGGCACCCGACUGGCCAUCAGGAAAGGAGAACCUGUCUGCUGCUUUGACUGUAUCCAAUGUGCUGAAGGAGAGAUUAGCAAUACAACUGGUUCCUCUCACUGUGUUCCUUGUCCGUCUGAGUACUGGUCCAAUACUGAACGAACAGCCUGCAUCCCUCGCCAGCUUGACUUCCUGUCCUUUAAUGAAACUUUGGGCAUUACCCUGACGACAGCAGCAGUGUGUGGUGCCACGGUGACAGCAGCAGUCUUUGUGGUUUUUGUUUACUACCAUCAAACACCCAUGGUACGUGCAAACAACUCAGAGCUGAGCUUCCUGCUGCUUCUGUCUCUGAAGCUCUGCUUCCUGUGCUCGCUGGUGUUCAUCGGUCGUCCGUCAGUCUGGGCCUGUCGCUUCCAGCAGGCGGCUUUUGGGAUCAGCUUCGUGCUUUGUGUUUCCUGCCUGCUGGUAAAAACCAUCGUGGUUCUGGCUGUUUUCCGUUCAGCUCGGCCCGGCGCUAAAUCCUUGAAGUGGUUUGGUCCGUGCCAACAGAGAGGAAGUGUCUGCCUCUUCACCUGUAUACAGGUUAUCAUCUGUGCCAUAUGGCUGUCCCUCAGCCCCCCCGUGCCUCAACAAGAUUUCGGUCUCCGAGGGUCAAAGGUCACGCUAAGGUGUGCCAUGGCCUCUGUGGUGGGCUUCUCUCUGGUCCUCGGCUACAUCGGCCUGCUGGCCUGCUCCUGCCUCCUCUUGGCCUUUCUCGCUCGGAAACUCCCCGACAACUUCAACGAGGCCAAACUGAUCACCUUCAGCAUGCUGAUCUUCUGCGCCGUCUGGAUCGCGUUCGUCCCCGCCUACAUUAGCUCUCCUGGGAAGUACGUUGUCGCAGUGGAGAUUUUUGCCAUUCUUGCCUCCAGCUAUGGUUUGCUGCUCUGCAUUUUUGCCCCGAAAUGUUUCAUUAUUCUCUUGAAGCCUGAGAAAAACACUAAGAAACACCUGAUGGCCAGAUAG